AUGUGUGUGAUCAUGAACAAGAGUAAAAUUGAUGAUGAUUUCUUAAAUGCAAUAGGAAAAGAAAUUGACUUAAUGGGAGAAAGGUUCUUGAAAUUUUUGACGAGUAAAAGGAAGUCUGACAAGAACCCUGCAGAAGAUCAAAAGAGAUCUAAAUAUCAAGAUGCACAGCAAAAUAAAGGCAACGAAGUUGACUGCAAGCACUCAGAACAACAAAUUGAUUUAAGUAUGAUGGCUAAAUCUGAAAUAGCUGAAACUAGUGAGGAAAAGAGUGAAAAAGAAGCCAUGUGGUAUAUGGACAGUGGAUGUUCCAGACAUAUGACUAGAGAUCCAACAAGAUUCAUUAGCCUAUCCUAUAAGACAAGCUGUUGUGUUACAUAUGGGGACAACAAUAAGGAUAAAGUUGUUGGUAUUGGUAAAAUACAAACACUUUCCUCAUACAUUAUUGAAAAUGUUCUGCUUGUUGAUGGGUUGAAACAUAAUUUGCUGAGUAUUAACCAACUGUGUGAUAAAGGAUUAAAGUCACUUUUGAGCCUUAUUAUUGUUUGA